AUGAGAACCGAAGCCUUCCCUAUUUUGCUGUCUGGAACGAAGAAAACUAGUGACAUUUGGAAUAAGCUUACAGUGAAGAAUACCAAAGUUCCAUGGCAAAAGCUCUUAUGGCUCCCUCUCCACAUCCCAAAGAACAUUUUAAUUGCUUGGAUGACUUUCCUUGAUAAGCUGCCUACAAAGGAAAGACUGCAUCAAAUGAGACUUAUCAAUGACUGCACAUGUAAUUUCUGUGGUGCUGUUAUGGAAAAUAGAAACCAUUUGUUCUUUGAUUGCCCAACUGCUGCUUCUCUAUGGGCAGUAGUCUUCUCCCUUACUGGUCUGAAUGGUUUACAUAACCACCUCUUGUCAUGGAAUGAUUCUUAG